UAUGACGUUUUGGUCGACUUCCUCAAAAAUCAAAAUGCAAGUUUGUUCUAAAUAAUUUCGUAAAUGGAGCUUGGUUAGUGCUAAAAUACACGGUAUUUCCUGUCAUAAAUUUUGUGCAUGUGAAGUCAUAGGUGUCUGAAUUGUGUUCUCCAUUAAAGGUUCAUGUUUUUGAAAGCGUGAACAGUAAAAUAAUGGCCGGUGUGUCUGGAAAUUAUCAGUUUAAAAUUGUGCUGUUGGGGGAAGGGUGCGUUGGCAAGACUUCGCUUGUUUUGCGUUAUUGUCAGGAUAAAUUCAACGAUAAACAUUUAACAACACUCCAGGCUUCAUAUCUUACCAAAAAACUGAAUAUUGAAGGCAAACGAGUUGGUUUAUCAAUCUGGGAUACUGCUGGGCAGGAGAGAUUUCAUGCAUUAGGUCCGAUAUAUUAUCGAGACAGCAAUGGUGCCAUAUUAGUGUAUGAUAUAACAGACGAAGACUCAUUUCAAAAGGUGAAAAAUUGGGUGAAAGAACUACGAAAAAUAUUAGGGGAUGAUAUUUGUUUGUGCAUAGUUGGAAAUAAAAUUGAUCUUGAAAAAGACAGACAUGUAGAUGGUGCUGAAGCUGAGUCAUAUGCAAGAUCGGUUGGAGCAAAGCAUUUAUUAUCCUCAGCUAAACUAAACAAAGGUGUUGAUGAGCUUUUCUUAGAGUUAGCCAAAGCAAUGGUGGUCACACAAGAUGCUUCUGCAAGCAAUGGUCAAAGCAGAGGUGGGCGUGGCACUUCAUCAAGAAAACGGGGUGUGGAAAUAAUAGAUGAACAGCCUUCAGGACAAACAAAGAAAGGCUGUUGUUGAAAGGCUAUAUGUUUUGUUAUCAAGUAGGAAUUUGUAUUAUAGAUUACAAUAGAUAUUUCAACUGAACUAAUUAACCUGUCUGUAACUAUAUAUAAAAUAUUAUCCACUUUGGUUUCAAUGAAGGUGAUGGAUGGUUGUGAGUAUAGCUCUUAAAGUUGUAUUAAAUUCAAUACUUCCAAAAAUUGAGUUAUCAUGAAAAGAACUGUUGGGCAGAGUUUUAGGAAUAAUUUUAAAUAAUUUUCAAGUGUCAGAAUGAAGUAUAUAAUUAGUUUAACCAGUGAUCCAUUUAAAACUUUUGUUUUACUUUGGUUUAAUUAGUGAUGGUCUGAUGAGCAUACUCCACAGGCUUUUUUAGCUUAGAUAUCUCAAUGUCAUCAACAUGUAUUGUAGUUGUAAGCCAUGUUUGUCUUUGAGAGAGCAGGACAGGAGAUUUUGAGAUACGACUUGUUGUAUUUGACGUCUUAGCCAUUUCCUCCUGUGAAGAUCUAAAAACGACAACAUAGAAACAUAUGCAAGCAAAUUGUUAUAACAACUGCAUGUUUAAUUACCGAGUGAUUUAUAUGCAAAUAAAAAUUGUAUCAUUGACUUACUUUCUUAAGUAAGUUUUUACUCAA